GAGCACUAGAGUUAAAAUAACGCGAGUAAAAGAGGAAGAGGAAGAAUACCGGAGGCGGAAUCUGCGGAACCUCUCCCCGACCUCUGCUCGCCCCUCCGCCUCCACGGCGCGCUCCCGUUCCGGAACUCUUGUAGUGUGGGCACCCGCUUCCGGCGCGGGGCUGGAAAGAAAAGGACCACGUUCGGCGUGGGGCGGGACGGAGAAGGGCUGUUUCCGGCGCGGCCGUUCCUCCCCGGCUCGGCAGUUUCGGGAAAUGGCUCAGGUGCCCGCAGAAGGAGAGACUUCUCCGUUCCUCCGGUUCUGUUCCCGUUGUCUCAGCUCCCGCCGCAACCUCCGCGCCGCCGGGCUCUCCUGAGCGGUCGCGCCAGCCACCCCUCGGUCUCCGUAAACAGCUCGGUCCCGAAAGUCCCUCUGACCCUCGUGCCUCUGUAGCCUGUGUUCUCCGGGCGCCUCUGGUCUUCCCGCCCCUUUUCCAGAGGCCGACUGUGCACGGUGGGAGCCAUCUGGCUUCCCUGACGGGACUGACUGCCCGAAGGUCCAGUGACCAUCCUGAUCUGGCAGUUAGGGUGUUGGAGAAGUGGCCUGGCCUGGGGCUGACCAGGUAAGGUCUCCCCCAGAAGUCAGACAUGGGGCUGGCUAGCCUCAGGGCAGCCAUGGCGUCCUCCGACUGCCCGGCCAGGGUGAUGAAACUUGCCUGUCAGACCGACUAACGGUGGACUCCUCUGGACUAAGCAGUUUUGGAGGAACCACCCAGAGUGAAGGGUCUGAAUGGACACGCCCCUGCCGCUAGGCUGACCAGGCCUGCCCAUUUCGCCGAUCUGUCCUCGCCACCCCUGCAGCCAUGGAGAAGAUGUCCCGCGUGACCACGGCCCUCAGUGGGAGCGUGCUGACGGGCCGCACCAUGCACUGCCACCUGGAUGCUCCGGCGAACGCCAUCAGCGUGUGCCGUGACGCGGCCCAGGUGGUCGUAGCAGGCCGCAGCAUUUUCAAGAUCUAUGCCAUUGAGGAGGAGCAGUUUGUGGAGAAGCUGAACCUGCGCGUGGGCCGCAAGCCCUCCCUCAACCUGAGCUGUGCAGAUGUUGUCUGGCACCAGAUGGACGAGAACCUGCUGGCCACGGCGGCCACCAAUGGCGUGGUGGUCACCUGGAACCUGGGCCGGCCGUCCCGCAACAAGCAGGACCAGCUGUUCACGGAGCACAAGCGCACGGUGAACAAAGUCUGCUUCCACCCCACUGAGGCCCACGUGCUGCUCAGCGGCUCCCAGGAUGGCUUCAUGAAGUGCUUUGACCUGCGCAGGAAGGACUCUGUCAGCACCUUCUCGGGCCAGUCUGAGAGCGUUCGUGAUGUCCAGUUCAGCAUCCGGGACUACUUCACCUUCGCGUCCACCUUCGAGAAUGGCAAUGUGCAGCUCUGGGACAUUCGGCGGCCUGACCGCUGUGAGCGAAUGUUCACAGCCCACAAUGGGCCUGUAUUCUGCUGCGACUGGCACCCCGAAGACAGGGGCUGGCUGGCCACAGGUGGGCGUGACAAGAUGGUGAAGGUCUGGGACAUGGCCACACACCGUGCCAAGGAGGUGCACUGCGUGCAGACCAUCGCCUCCGUAGCCAGAGUCAAGUGGAGGCCCGAGUGCCGCCACCACCUCGCCACAUGCUCCAUGAUGGUGGACCACAACGUCUACGUGUGGGACGUGCGCCGCCCCUUCGUGCCUGCUGCCAUGUUUGAGGAGCACCGGGAUGUCACGACGGGCAUCGCCUGGCGCCACCCACAUGACCCCUCCUUCCUGCUCUCCGGCUCCAAGGACAGCACUCUGUGUCAGCACCUGUUCCGCGACGCCAGCCAGCCUGUUGAGCGUGCCAACCCUGAGGGCCUCUGCUAUGGCCUCUUUGGGGACCUGGCCUUCGCAGCCAAGGAGAGCCUCGUGGCCACUGAGUCGGGGCGCAAACCCUAUGCUGGGGAUCGGCGCCACCCCAUCUUCUUCAAGCGCAAGCUGGACCCUGCCGAGCCCUUUGCAGGCCUCGCCUCCAGUGCCCUCAAUGUCUUUGAGAUAGAACCCGGCAGUGGCAGCAUGAGCUGGUUCGUGGACACAGCCGAGCGUUAUGCCCUGGCCGGCCGACCACUGGCUGAACUCUGUGACCACAAUGCGAAAGUGGCUCGAGAGCUUGGCCGCAACCAGGUGGCUCAGACAUGGACCAUGCUCCGGAUCAUCUACUGUAGUCCUGGCCUGGUGCCCACCACCAAUCUCAACCACAGUGUGGGCAAGGGCAGCUCCUGUGGCCUGCCCCUCAUGAACAGUUUCAACCUGAAGGAUAUGGCCCCAGGGCUGGGCAGUGAGACUCGGCUGGACCGCAGCAAGGGUGAUACACGGAGCGACACAGUGCUGCUGGACUCCUCAGCCACGCUUAUAACCAACGAAGAUAAUGAGGAGACUGAGGGCAGUGACGUGCCCACUGAUUACCUGCUGGGCGACGUGGAAGGUGAGGACGAUGAGCUUUACCUGUUGGAUCCGGAACAUGCCCACUCCGAGGAGCCCGAGUAUGUGCUGCCCCAGGAGGCCUUCCCCCUGCGCCACGAGAUUGUGGACACCCCACCGGGGCCCGAGCACCUGCAAGACAAGGCCGACUCGCCCCACGUGAGCGGCAGUGAGGCCGAUGCAGCCUCCCUGAUGCCUGUGGACUCCUCCUUCUCGCUCAUCUCUGUCUCGCACGCGCUGUGUGACAGCCGCCUGCCGCCCGACUUCUUCAGUGCCCUGGUGUGUGACAUGCUGCGCUUCUAUGCCGAGCAGGGUGACGUGCAGAUGGCAGUGUCCGUGCUCAUUGUGCUGGGUGAGCGUGUGCGCAAGGACAUCGACGAGCAGACCCAGGAGCACUGGUACACGUCCUACAUCGACCUGCUGCAGCGCUUCUGCCUCUGGAACGUGUCCAACCAAGUGGUCAAGCUCAGCACCAGUCGCGCCAUCAGCUGCCUCAACCAGGCCUCCACCACCCUGCAUGUCAACUGUAGUCACUGCAAGCGGCCCAUGAGCAGCCGGGGCUGGGUGUGCGACCGCUGCCGCCGCUGCGCCAGCAUGUGCGCCGUCUGCCACCACGUGGUCAAGGGGCUCUUCGUGUGGUGCCAGGGCUGCAGCCACGGCGGCCACCUGCAGCACAUCAUGAAGUGGCUGGAGGGCAGCUCCCACUGCCCCGCCGGCUGCGGCCACCUGUGCGAGUACUCCUGACCCGCUGCCGGGCUGGUGGGGACGGGCUUGUGAACCAAAUAAAGGACGCGGGAGACUUUC